CUUUGUGAGUUUAUUUCUUUAAAACUUGUGCUUUCACAAAAUAUAUGAAUGAAAUUAAUCUGAAAGGGAUUAAUCCCGAUAGCACUUGAAGGCAGCACACUUCCUGUAUACACAGGAACACACAGACCGGCGGCAGAGCUCCGAACAGCAGCGGAGCCGAAGGGACGCCGGCUGCCCUCACACUUAUCUAGGGCUUUCCACUUAGUCAUGUGUGUUUCGCUGCUGCUGUCCUUAUUUUGAACACAAAUAUCUGAUAGCUUUUGUCAAACGCUGCACAAUUCGGCCGUGACAGUGUUUAUUGCCUAUAAGUUAACUAUCCAAAAAAAAAAAAAAAAAAAAUACCGCACGGCCCCGCCUUCCUCCUCACCGGCCGCGUUCGGCUCCUCACCUCGGGCGUCGGGUAUCUCAAUGGCGGACCCCACGGAACCAACACCGGGCAGCGUGGAGGCAGAGAAGACGGACCGUAUAAACGACGCGGAGCUGGCGCUGAAAGGAAUCAACAUGCUGCUCAACAACGGAUUCAGGGAGAGUGACGAGCUCUUCAAAACAUACAGGGGUCACAGUCCUUUGAUGAGUUUUGGUGCCAGUUUUGUAAGUUUUCUGAACGCCAUGAUGACAUUUGAAGAGGAAAAGAUGCAGAUGGCCUUUGAGGACCUCAAAGCAACGGAGAGGCUGUGUGAGAGCGAAAACACCGGUGUCAUUGAAACCAUUAAAAACAAGAUUAAGCGGAAUUUGGACUCUCAGAGGUCGGGUGUGGCUGCCAUGGAUCGACUCCAGAGGCAGAUCAUCAUUGCCGACUGCCAAGUUUACCUUGCAGUUCUGUCUUUCAUCAAACAAGAGCUGUCAGCAUACAUUAAAGGAGGGUGGAUCCUCCGCAAAGCCUGGAAGAUGUACAACAAAUGUUACAGCGACAUCACACAUCUACAAGACUGCAACAGACGGCCGGCUUCCGGAACGUCACCUGUGUCCUCGCCCGCCGCCUCAGACCAGCCGGACCGCAGCGGCUCCUCUUCAGCCGGACCGAGCCCGUCUCAGAGGGGGGACGUUAUCAGCCCGGAGGCCCUGGAUCGGCUCAAAGGAUCGGUCAGCUUCGGUUAUGGUCUCUUCCACCUCUGCAUCUCCAUGGUGCCGCCGCAUCUGCUGAAGAUCGUCAACCUGCUGGGCUUCCCGGGGGACCGUCAGCAAGGCCUGUCAGCGCUCACGUACGCCAGUGAAAGUAAGGACAUGAAGGCCCCUUUAGCUACCCUGGCUCUGUUGUGGUACCACACAGUCGUGCAGCCCUUCUUUGCUCUGGAUGGCACAGACACACAGAUGGGGCUGACUGAAGCCAAAUCCAUCCUUCAGCAAAGGGAGGCUAUCUACCCAAACUCGUCCCUCUUCAUGUUUUUCAAAGGCAGAGUUCAGCGCCUUGAGUGCCAGAUCAGUAGUGCCUUGACGUCCUUCAGCGGAGCCUUAGAUCUGGCCUCGGACCAGAGGGAGAUUCAGCACGUGUGCUUAUAUGAAAUAGGUUGGUGCAGCAUGAUAGAGCUGAACUACAAAGAAGCCUUCAGAGCGUUCGAGCGACUGAAAACUGAGUCUCGCUGGUCACAGUGCUACUACGCCUAUUUAACGGGAGCAUGCCAAGGAGCCACAGGAGAUCUGGAGGGAGCGGCGGCAGUGUUCAAAGAUGUUCAAAGACUUUUCAAGCGCAAGAAUAAUCAGAUAGAGGUGUUUUCCAUGAAGAGGGCCGAAAAGCUCCGGAGCUCCAGUCUAUCCAAAGAGCUCUGCAUCUUAUCUGUCAUCGAGAUCCUUUAUCUGUGGAAGGCUUUGCCCAACUGCUCCUCUGCCAAGCUGCAAACAAUGACACAAGUUUUGCAGGGCAUUGACGACGCCUCCUGUGCAGGCCUGAAAAACCUGCUUCUCGGUGCCAUAAAUAAAUGUCUGCAAAAUUCCAAAGAUGCCAUUCAGUAUUUCCAUUUGGCUGCAAGGGACGAAGUGGGUCGUCUGACCAACUCUUACGUCCAGCCUUAUUCUUGCUAUGAGCUGGGCUGUGUGCUGCUAAACUCAGCAGAGACUUCAGGGAAGGGCCGAAUGCUAAUGCUUCAGGCUAAGGAGGACUACGCUGGUUAUGACUUUGAGAACAGACUCCAUGUUCGUAUUCACUCUGCCCUCGCCUCUAUGAAAGCCUCAGCCCAGCCCUGACAUUUAACCCUAAGAUGAACAGGACAAUGUUACUUUAGAUAAGCCACAAUACAUCUCUCAACACUAAUGUUUUUCAUUAUAUUUUUAUUCAUUUCCAUGUUCUGAGCUAAGGCAUCAAAACAAAAAUGUUUCAAGGUUCAAUUAUAUGUGUUUUUAUAUGUGUUUUUAAUUUACCUAUUGCUAUGGUGCUCAAUACAAGUUUAGUCUAAGUUUUAAAAAAAUAUAUUCAAAUGUCUCAUUCGACAACUAAAUCUCGGCUAAAAUAGAUGAAGAAAUGAAUAAAUUAUAAAAUGUAAAUACAUUUUGAAAGGCGUCAGCCUCUAAAGAGGGAAACAUGCUGAGUUAUAGCAACCAAUCAGAAGAAGUUAUGGCACAUAUUAAGUAAUACCCUAUCAAAGCAAUUAAAAAGGAAUGAGAGAAUGUGUCGGUUAAUCAGUGUUUUUGUUGUGCAGGCAUGGAAAUUGCCCAGACAUUUUGGCCCAUUUGUGUCACUGUAAAUAUGUCUUAAAUACAGAUUUUAAUAAUUGUGCAAACAGUGUUUCACUUCUUCAGUGCACUAUUUGCUUUCAACUGUUUUUACCUUCCAUUUGGCUCAAGAUGAACAGAAAUAACACAAUGAAUGGAAGGUUGAAUGUUUUUAAACAUGCAUUAAACGUGUCUUCUUAAAUGUAAUUCUGUUUCCUCAAAGUCAAAACAUGAGAUAUUUGGGCAUAUUGAAUGAAACCUGUUACUAUGGACUCAAAAUAUAUUAUCCAUGUAAAUGAGAAGAUUGUUAAAAGCCAAACGGGUCAGAGUCUGAUGAAACAUAACAAAGACCGACCCUACAACAAGAGUGUGGACAAAGAUACUUAUAAAAUAUAUAUUGGUAAUGGUGGUACAGAGAAAAUCACAGAAGAGAACAGAAAUGUGUAGUAAUUGAAAGCUUCCCACAAUCAGAGGUCUGAACAAGAGAACGAAUAACUGCAGGGUCUUUGCACCCUGCAUGAGUUAUAUAUUGACAGCUCAAACUACUACUAGGCUACUACUAGGCUUUGUGCUAAGAUAUUCCCAGAACAGAUGGUUAACCCAAUGUCCAAGUCCAUGA